GCUGUAAAUCACAGCCGUCGGAUAAUAGCACACGGCUCAUCUGAAGCGUCUCUGCAAAAAAAAAAAAAAAUAUUCAAAAGCAGUUUUCCGAUCGACGAUACAAAACACGACCAAUCUUCGCACGGUUCCUGUCGUAACGCUCUUUCCUUUUGUUUUCUAGAGAACAAGUUUUAUUUGCUGUGAGAUAUAAAGGUUGGCAAUGGCGAGGAUAAAACCUCAGGCUCUGCUUAAUCAAAGCAAGAAGAAGAAGGGUCCUAGUCGCAUAAGUAUUUCUACAAUUGUCGUGUGUAAUCUCGUAGUUGCUGUAGUUGUACUCUCCUUGGUCACUACUUAUCGUCAUUGGUCCCAGAGGUCAAGAAACACACUUGAAACCCAGAGCCAUAGUUUUGAGGACACAAAUGCUGUAUCACAACAAAAGAAUUACGAUCUUCCUGGUUAUGCCGAUAUAAACACAUCCAAAGGUCUCAUAGCUGUGGAACUCUUUAAAGAUGCUUCCCCUGAAGCUGUCGACAAGUUUCUGGAUCUAUGUCAGAAGGAUCACUUUAAGGGAAUGCCGUUUCAUCGGGUAAUAAAAAACUACUUGGUGCAAGCUGGUCACUCCUCGAGCUCUAUACCUAUAGAAGAAUGGACAGCUAAAGGAAAGCUCCGUGGUCGCCUUGACACAAGCCCGAAACAUGAGGCGUUCAUGUUGGGGACACCAAAAAACAAAGGGAACAACAAGGACUUCGAGCUUCUGAUCACAACAGCACCAAUCCCGGAUCUGAAUGAUCAGCUUAUAGUGUUUGGAAGAGUUCUUAAAGGAGAGGAUGUAGUUCAGGAGAUUGAGGAAGUGGAUACAGAUGAGCAUUUCCAGCCAAAAUCGCAGAUAGGGAUCAUUAGCAUUGUACUUAAACGAGAGUUAUGAAAUGAAAAAAAAAACUCUUUCUUUUGUUACCUCACGCCAAAUCUUUUCUUCAUACUCGCUGUUUGUCCAAAUCUUUAUUUUACUGAGUAUUUCCUAUUGUUUUGUAAUUUUAAUUGAUAUCGAGGAAAUAGCAUCUUUGUUUGAGUUGGCAUAA